GCCAAAUACCGGUUUUCCGCGAAAUGAUAUUAUCAAUCUUGUGAAUGUGUUAUAUAUUAAAAAUAUGCACAUACUUCGUAUUUUUGGAAUGUAAAAUAAGAAUUGCUUAUAUUGCAUAUGUGUAUAUGUAUACAUUAUUGUAUUUUGUGAAAGAUUUCACUGAGAAAAAUAUCUUUUAAUCAUAGUGCAUGUAAUUUAAACGUACAAAAAUUUAUUGAAUUUCCAAUUUGAAUAUUAUUAAAACUAAAUUAAAGAACCAAAAGAUUCGCUAAAAUUCGAGAUUUUAUAAUUAUUUAUGAUACGUUAAUUGAACAUAAUGGACAAAUACCAACAUAUAAGAGCCUUUAUAUCAGCGGUUGUAGAAUAUACUAAACAUCCAAAUGAAACAACAGCUACAAUUUUACAACGAAAUCUUGGGGUAAUAAGUACUUCACUGGAUUUGAGUAUUUUUGACCCUGGAACGAGCAUAGCAGCAGAGUUCUAUGUUAGUUUACACGAGCUUAUGAAUUCAUUAGCUUCUAGAACUACUUUGAUUUGGAGCACUGUUGAUGUUUUACAAAAUGCUUGUCGCAAUGCUGCUGCAAGACAAGCUCUUAUUCAUACAUACAAAUUUGCACCAAUAUUGGCAAGAUUAUUGGAAGCAAAUUUAACAAGUGAAAAAAGAAUAAGAGUAUUGAAACUACUUCAAGAAUUGACAUAUGGCAUAAAAAUUUCAUGGCAAGAAGCUCACUUACCUUAUCUAGUAUCAAUAUUAACACAAUGGGUGACACAAUCGAAAGAAGAAAAUAUUAUUGCACUUUCCUUAGGUGUACUAGUAAAUUUGUGCUAUAAAAAUCUUCCUGCUGUAUAUAUACUAAUGAGGACAAUUGAUACAAAAGCGUUUAUAAGAACUUUAUUAAAACUACAACAUUGUAGUGUUAACACCAGUGUACAAUGUUGUAAACUUUUGAUUAUAUUAGAACAUACAAAUACGAAUAUUUCAGAGAAAUAUAUUUUGGAUUUUGCUGCUGUCACAUUCAGUAGUCUUAUCACUGCAAUGAAACAAAGAGAUGUUCUAUUAUUGAGACACAUCAUAGAUUUCUUUAACGAUGUUGGACAAAAUGAGCAUUCCCAUGCUGUGUUACUAACAUAUCCACAUUAUGGUAAAGAUGUGGAAAAUGUCUUGGCUACAUUAGAAGAUAAUGCAGAUCCAGAAUGUGUUGCUCUUAUGAUGGAAUUUUUGUCAUCUUUAGUAAAAUUAAAAUUAUCUUCUUUGGUGUCUCUAUAUCCUUUAUAUGUAAAAACUGCAAUGACUUGGGUUCCAGUAGAACAGGUGUGCUCUAAAGCAUUAGCUUUGAUAAGAAUUACAGUGAUUGAAGCACGACGUACUAAAACGUCUUCCGAGGUGCUGGCAGAAUUAGAUGCUUCAGUUUUAAUGCUUAUAUUAAAUACGGAAAAUGAUGAAAUUCAAGGAAAAUGUGAAUUAACAUUAGAAACAGAAACAAAAUUAGCAGAGUUAAUGCAAUUAUUUCAAGAAAUGAUUAAAACAUCUACACUCAGAACAAAAAUCAUGCAGUCCUUUAGUGAACAAAUAAUACGAAAAUUAUUAAAUCCAAUGUUAGAUUCUGAAAUAUGUGCAGCUGAUAAUUGGCCAGGAAAUUUUAUUCAGAAUCCUACUACAAAUCUGUGUAUUCAUGCAUUAGCUUUGACUGCUGAUUUAGCAGCUGAUAAUUCGCAAUGGCUAACAUUAUAUUCGGAAUUACUUAGAAAAAAACAAAUUCAAAUAACGAUGGCGACUGCAUUGUUCACUGGUGAUGCAGAUAUUAAACAAAAACAACUGGAGCCUUUGAUAUUGGUACAAAGUACUCCUGGUACGGUAACAAAUAUUGGAAGUAAAAUGUCCAUAAAUGCAAAUAAUGAAAUGGCUCCACUAUUUUCUUUUGCACAAGAAGAACGGCUUGAUGCGUUUUUAGCAAAAUUAAAAAGAAUCUAUGAAUCAAAUCAAAUCAAUGAUAUUACUACAUCAGCAGUGAUGGAAUUAUAUGAAUAUAAGUUAGCAGCUAUGAGACAUGCAGAACGGGCCAUGCAAUCUAGUUUAGAAGCAGCAAACAAUCAUGGUACUAGUUUACAACAUAGACUAGCACAAGUAAUGGCAGAGUCGAGUCGUUUACAUCAGAUGUUAUUUGAUACACAACAAUGCUUAGAAGGAGUAAAAUCUACAUUAACUGUAAAGCUUGCUGAAGCAGAAGAACAAAGUAAAAAAGCAAUUGCUAUUAAAAAACAGGAAAUCGAGAGUUUGAAAAAAAUAGUUUUAGAAAAAACUACUAACAUUGAUCACUUAAAUAUAGUUCUCGUACAACAUAAACAUGAAUUAGAAAGUAAUCUUAAUCGAAUUGAAGCAUUAACUAAAAAAAUUAAAGAGUUAGAAGUUGAAUGUGCGAAUGCAAGUGCAAAAACUAUGGAAAUGGCCAAUAAAAAUCACGAACUAAGUAAACUACUUCUUAAAAUGCAAGAUCAGUUAAACAAAAAAGAUCAGGUAAUAGAAUUAAAAACUGCAGAAAUUCAAUCGAAUCAAAAAGAUAUAUCUGCACUCAAGCAAGAAACCCAACAAUUAUCACAAUUAGUACAAAAAUAUGAAAAGAACAUUGCUGAAAAGGAAGAAACAAUUAAGAAGAUGAAAGCAGAAUUGAUGGAUUUAAGUCGAAUGCGUGAUAUGAUUUUCGAACUUACUGCUAAAAAAAAAGAAGAUUUAAAUAGUUAA